CAGCCGAGACGUCAGUUGGUAAUCGUUGAAUAAGUUCUGAAAAGUGUUUCUUCACUUGCGCUCACCGUACAUACCGCGUGGCGCUCAACUGUCAAACAAAACGCGCCUGUUACUCACACUCAAUUAUUUUUAUGAAAUUUCUAUAUAUAAUUUGUAAAAAAAAUUCGUAAGUCACUGAAUCAGGUUACUUAUAUUGUGAUACAUUUGUUACGUAAAAAGUGUUCACGUGAAUUCGACAGUGGUUAUUAAUAUUGUUGUUCAUCAGUAAUUAACAUGAGCAACAAAUCUACAAUGAUUUUAAUAAAUAAUUGAUACAAAAAAAACAACAAAAAUGUGUAACGGAUUUAACUUCCUCAAAUCAGCUGGUAGCGGGUUUUACCGUGAAGAUUUUGACUCCACAAUAUCAUAGUUUUAUAAGUUUUCUUUUUUAGAGUUUUUUCCGCUAAAUUAUUUAUGUUCUUAUUAGAAAAGAAUAUUUUCUUUCAAAUUUUUGGUGCACAUAGAGAGAAAGUUAUUCAAAAUGACAGACGUAGCUAAGGAAGCAUUUGCUUCUCACAAUUAUGGUCUAGCAGUGGAGAUGUAUGAACGGAGUCUAAAACAGCAAAGUCCAAAUUUGGAGAUUCUCAUUGGUUAUGGAGAUUCAUUAGCACGAUGUGGUCGUAUUAGAGAUUCCCUUAAUGUGUUUGCACGUUGUUUAACUCUAGAACCAUUACCAGCAGAACGUUUAAAGCAUCUGAUAUCAGCACUUUUGGAAGAUUUAAAUAGUUCCAUGACAACGAAAAGAUGUCCUGAAACAUCAUUUUCCUGUCCCACGUGCGAAGGAACUUUAUAUCAACCAAUAACCGCCGGAUGUGGUCACACUCAUUGCAGAAACUGUUACGAUCCUGUCAAAUGUUGUCGCGCGUGUGGACAAAAACUUGGACCAAUCGGUGAAACAAAUGUGUUGGUGCAGAGACUUGUGGAAAAGUGGUGGCCCAGGGAAGCCGAGGCCAGCAGGGCGAGGCAUGAAGGUGAUCUCCUUUUGAAAGAUGGACAUCCGGCUCAAGCUCUUGAACGCUACAAUCUUGCAAUACGACUCGCUCCAAAUAGUCCACUUCAUUUUAGUAACAGAGCCCACGUUUUACUUCAGUUGAACAGACCACAGGCAUCACUGAUUGAUGCCGAUCAUGCUGUUAGACUUAGACCUGAUUGGGGAAAGGGUCAUUACAGACGAGGCGUAGCGUUGUCCGCACUGGGAAGACAUGAAGAAGCUUUCGUUGCAUUAUGUACAAGUGUUGCCAUCGAUAAAAAUCCACAAAUUGUCAGACAUGAACUCACCAGAGUGCUGCAUCGAGUUCUUUAUCCAAAUUUUCGUCGUCAAGGUUCAGCAUCUCGAGGACCAUACAACAUCUUCACUGAAUCUAAUGUACGAUUAAAAAGAACACGUGAUCAACGUCAUCAUCGUCUUUUGCGACCACUUGUAAGUUCGAGUCGACAUCGACGUGCAGUUCUCAAUUCUUCUGAUUGUGAAGAUAACAGUAGCAGUGAGGAAGAAUUCACUCAAGCAAUAUGCAGAAGACUUCUCUGCGCUAAUUUACCCCCAGGUAACCUUAAGCUUCAUGGUGUUCUCGAUCGUGUCUACCAAGAAGUUGAAAAAAUACAAAGACUUGAUCCGAUGCCAGCAGAAGUUUUGCUACCCCCACUAUCAGGAGGCACGAGCACAGGUGAUUUGGAUUGCAUUUUGUGCUGUCGUUCGCUUUGGAAACCUGUUACAACACCCUGUGGUCAUACGUACUGUUGGAUGUGUUUAGACCGUUGUCUAGAUUAUUCUUCAGCUUGUCCACUCUGUGUUACAUCACUUACAGAUUAUCUUGCCAGUAAUCAGAAGACAGUAACAGAUUUCGUAGAAAAAGCAUUGAAAACAAUAGCGCCGAUUGAAUAUGCUUCACGUGCUGCAAAUCAUAGGCUUGAAUUGAUUCAAGAUUUAGGACUUUUAGGAAAUCAACAUAUUGCCGUAUUUGUAUGUACAACUGCAUUCCCAUGUGUAGCAUGUCCUCUGUUUGUAUACGAACCAAGAUAUAGACUGAUGGUACGAAGAUGUGUAGAGAGUGGAGUCCGACGAUUUGGCAUUGCUGCCUGUCUCAACAAAGAAGCUACAGGUAGAAAACGAUAUGCCGAAUAUGGGACUGUUUUGGAGAUAAAGGAUCGAGUUUUAAUGAAAGAUGGAUGUAGUAUUCUUAGUACUGUAGGAGGAAGAAGAUUUAGAGUUGUUUCUGGAGGUGAACGAGAUGGUUAUGAUACUGCAGAGGUUGAAUUAAUUCGCGACUCAUUAGUUUCUUCGGAAUGCCUUUUUACUUUAAGAGAACUUCACGAUAAGGUUUGGUCAAAAGGCCAAAAAUGGUGGUCAAGCGUACCUUUAACUCAACAAGAUGAGAUUCAACGGGUUUUUGGUACAAUGCCAAUUCCAGAAGAAGAUUGGGUGCGGUUACCUGAUGGACCAUCAUGGACUUGGUGGAUUUUAGCGAUUUUACCACUUGGAUUACAAUUACAAGUUGGUAUCUUAGGGACCACAAGCUUGGAGAAACGACUGAGAGCCAUUGAAAAGACUUUAAAUCAUAUGGAAAAGAGACAGUUAACAAUUACUUCAACACCAUCUGAAGAUACUACGACGACAUCUAGUAUUUGUCAAGAUGGAAAUGACAUUUCCGAUUCUGCUGUUCCAGUCAUCCAACACUCCUAAUUAUUUUUUAUUACUUUUUAAUACUGUUAAUAUUAUGAUUAUUAUUAUAAUUAUAAUUUUAUCUUUUAUUUUUUAAUGUAAAAACUUGUCACUACAUUUUCAUGCGAUAAUAAGAUUGAUAAUAACUUCGUUAAUUAUUAGAAAUAUGUUUUGCCAUAAAAAAUAACUCUUAGAUAAAUUUUUUCAAUGAU